GCGACCAACAGAGUUGCGCGAACGGGCGGCGAAGGCCAAGGAUGCAUCUGUCAAUAAGAUGCACGAUACUCGCGACAGGUAUUCUAGCGCGCCUAGCAAGAAUUACAACUGGGAUGCCAACCAGAAGAGACCCCCACCUCCUCCACCAGCUGCCAGUCACUCACGUAAUAACAGCAGAGACACCGCCAUGCCUGCGCCUCCUCAACGCAGCCCACCUCUUGUCCGCGGGGGUACUCGGCCCAAUCGCACACCAUCUCCGGCCUUAAACGAGCGCCCUUCGUUAUAUAAACGUGCUGAUAGCAAUGCUACGCAGGAUGGGAGAAAGAAGGUUGACUGGAAGAACCUCUCUAGGGAGGACAAGCGCAUUUUCUUUGAUUGGCUCGACGAGUUCUUUGGCAGGAAGCUUGAGAUCGAUAUUCAACCUAGAAAGAGCGAGCCAACUAAACGGAUCACCAAUACUCCUGGAACUCCGCCAACGCCUGUGAGUACGUGGUUAAUCAUCGCCUCGCCCCUUACUUACCUUUGA